AGAUUCUUUGAGUAUAUAUUGCUCUAUAAAGAUGCAGUGAUGUUUCAGAUUGAACAAGUUACAAAGCUUUGUUCAAAGAUUCCUCUGACUGAGCCAUGGGAUCCAUAUGAUAUCCCUGCCAAUUCAACUUAUGAAGAUCAGUACUACGUCGGCGGACCUGGAGAUCAAAUUAUGGUACAGGAAUGGUCUGACAGAAAACCAGCCAGGAAAUUGGAAUCCUGGGUCGGUGUCUACACAGUCAAAGACUGUUACCCAGUGCAAGAGACCUAUCUGAGGAACUACAGCGUUACAACCUCCACUCGCUUUUUUGACCUGCAGCUGGGCAUUGCCGACCCAUCAGUGUUCACACCGCCCAGCACCUGCCAGACGGCCCUGCUGAAAAAGAUGAAAGACGAAUGCUGAUUAUGGACCCUGGCUGCCCUGGCAAAUAAAUAAUAGCUGGGAGGAUAAUUAUUAAUACUCAACUGCUGAUGUCUAACCUGAUUUUUCAAGCUGAUUGUUGUGCUUUUGGGAAUAGUAAGUUUUCCCUUCAAGGAGAACAUAAACAUUUAACUGAGUGAGAUAUGUAACAGAAGGUCUUUUUCACCAUGUUAGUUUGUUCAGUGAUGCACUUUAAGUAUUACAUUGUUACU